AUGAAGCAGAACUUUGGCUACUGCCAGAAGGACGGCGUCCGCUCGGGUCUCACAUACCCCGGCCAGUCCAGAGAGGAGAUGGAAACGGCCACACAGAACCAGGGCGGCUGGUUCAACUCCAUGUUCUGGGAAUGCGCCAAUUUCAUCGACCCCAAGGGCAAGAGCUGCCAACUGCAAGUCAACGCCGGCACCUGCUCUUUGAAGGACCCGCAGCUCUGCCGCACCAAGCUGUCCCUGGAGCCCGCCUCCGAGGUGCAGUCGGAAGUCUGGGAGCCAGCCCUGCUGAAUCUCCGUUCCGAAGCCUACUACAGCGGUCACACCUCGAAGCACUCCCAAGAGAAGUACGUGAUCCCCAAGCUUCAGAGCCAGUUUGCGGACAACCAGAUCCUCCUGAAGUACACGAACUUCCUUGCAGACACCGCGAAAGAGACCGGGGAAAACUUCUUCGACCUCAAUGACAUCGCCGGGCCGCCGUUCCCGUCCUUCAACAAGGAGUUGUUGAAGACCACCUGCAAUGCCUACACCAACCUGCUGGUCAUCGAUGCCACCGUGCUGCAGGUGGCCUUCUCGAACCCUGAGAUCAUCGCCUCGGCCAAGAGCCACGGCAUUCCGCUCUUCGGGCACUUCGGGCUGCCGCCGGUGAGCUACGGCUGCAACCACGCGGUCUACUUGCAGAGCUGCGACUUUGAGAAGAACGCCUUCGUGAUAUGGACCUGGGGCACCAGCGUGACGCUGACGGAGGAGAUCUUGUUGGGAGUCCCGGCCAAGCAGCCGUACUGGCCCACCCCCAAGGGCUCGCAUGUGUGGAACACUGGGGCCAUCUGCGCCUCCGUCACCGCGGACCAGAUCACCGUGGAGUGA